AUGAGUAGCUACUACGACGACGACGAAGACGUCGACAUCCACGUCCGACACCGCGGGCAUUCGCCCCGUCCCGUCCGCUACGUGCAGAGCCCGCCCCGACCCCGGAGCUACUAUGGGGUCCCCGCCGGCCCUAGCUAUCUCGUCCCGGAGCAGCACACCACCGUCGUGGCCCGUUCCCGCUCGCGCUCCCGCGACCGUCGCGCAAGCCCCCCGCAGCCUGCUCCGGCCAACCCCGUCAUCAUCAACAACCGUUUUUACAACGAGUAUUCGUCCGACGAUGACGACGACCACCGCCGCCGUGGCCAGGUGGUACGUCGGCACCACCGCCACAGCUCCGGUUCUCGCUCGCGGUCGCGGUCGCGCUCGUCUGCAUACAAGACGCGCGAAGAGUGGGAGGCCGAGCAGGCGCGCCGAGAGCUCGAGCAGAUGCGCCUCGCUCAUUCUCGCGACAAGGACGAGCGGCGCCUGGCCAAGGAGUAUCGGGACGAGGCCGAGCUUCAGCGUGCCAAGCGCGAACUCGACGACAUCAAGAAGCGGGAGGCUCGCGCCGAGGACGAGAAGCGUAUCAAGCGGGAGCUGGAGCUGAAGCGCCUCAGGGAGGAGGAGGAGGCGGCCGAGCAAAAGAAGCGACGAGACAAGGAGGCCGCCGAGGCCGUCGAGCGCUACAAGAAGGCGGAGGCUGACCGACUCGCCAAGGAGGCCAAGCAAAAAGCGGAAGCCGACAAAGAAUACAAGCGACGCCUCCAGGAAGACCUCAUCAAGUCGGGACUGGACGAGAAGGCCAUUGCUGCCAUCAUUGAAAAGAAGAAGGUCCCCGAAGUACCGCAGCCCGGCGGGCGCCCGACCUACACACGCAUGGCGCGCCGGCAUUUGUCGAUUGAGACGCUGCGAACGUUCAGGGUUGAAUUUGACGUGGACACGGACCCCGAGUAUCUACUGAUCAAGCGGUGGGUGCCUGAAUGGGAGCAGGAAGAGCUGUGGACGCACACAAGGCUGAUCCGCGAGAGGCGCACGAGCGGCGGCGCGCUUCUCAUCGAGGAGAAAAAACACCGUCACCUAGAGCCCGAGUUCGAAUGGGUCCGCAAGAAGCACGACCGCAAGAGGAGCAAGUCCCCGGGGCUCCUCAUGUAUCUCGCUGGGGGCCGUCCGGCAUGA